AUGGCCGGCACCAUCGAGACCAGCUUCCAAGCCGCCAUUGCAUCCGGCACCAUCAACGGCGCCGUCAUCUGCGCCACGGAUUCCAAGGGCGACUUCACGUACAACAAGGCCAUCGGAGAACGCACUCUCUUAUCUGGAGAGACACGCCCACAGCAGCUGGACGAUGUCUUAUUCCUCGCCUCGGCCACCAAGCUGGUUGCCUCCAUCGCCGCCCUGCAGUGCGUCGAGGACGGCCUCCUCACGCUCGACGGCGACCUCUCGCCGGUCGCGCCCGAGCUCACCGCCAAGCAAGUACUCCAGGGCUUCGCCGACGACGGCAAGACGCCGCUUCUCGAGCCGGCCGCGCGUCCCAUCACGCUCGAGAUGCUGCUCACGCACAGCGCCGGCACGGCGUACGACUUCCUCGCCCCGCUCGUGGGCAAGUGGCGCGAGAUAUUCUCCCCCCCGACGCAGGGGCAGCUCAAGACGGUGGAGGAACUGUUCGCCUACCCGCUUGCUCACCAGCCCGGCGCCGGGUGGAUGUACGGCUCGGGGCUCGACUGGGCCGGACGCAUUGUCGAGCGCGUCACGGGGCGCACGCUGGGCGACCAUGUCCUGGAGCGUGUCUUGGCUCCUCUCGGCUGCCGGGAUGCCCAGUUUUAUCCUGUAUCGCGGGAGGACCUGCGCGCCAGGAUGGUUGAUUUGAAUCCCGACGAUCCCAAUGGCCAGGGACGUGCGGUCAUUGGCGGCGAGAGCGACGUGAAUCUUCGCUGUAAAGGAGACUUUGGCGGCCACGGCCUGUUUAUGCCCGCCGUCGACUAUGUCAAGAUUUUGCAGUCGCUGCUUGCUAAUGAUGGCAAGUUGCUCAAGCGAGAGACUGUUGAGAGCAUGUUUAAGGACCAUCUUACACCGGAGUCGGCGGCCGGUCAUCAGGCAGCGUUGGCUGGUCCGGGGGGUGUCUUUUUCCGAGUUGGCGUCGAUUCAGACACCAAGAUGGGCUACGGGCUCGGCGGCCUGCUGACCCUGCAAGACGUCGACGGUUGGUACGGUUCGAAUACGCUUACUUGGGGUGGUGGCAUGACUCUGACCUGGUUCAUUGACCGGAAGAAUGACCUCUGUGGAAUCGGCGCCGUGCAAGCUAAAUUGCCCCUGGAUGUGCCUGCCGUCUCCGAGCUGAAGCAGGUAUUCCGAAAGGACAUCUAUCGCAAAUAUGCGGCCUGGAAGGAGUUGCCAAAGGCAUAG